UCACAUUCAUAAUCAUAACAAAAAUAUUUCUUUUUUCUCAACUAGACCUAAAACAAAAUGGGGUUGUUCAACAUUCCAUUAUUACUCGUUUGUCUCAUCGUAUUGGCCAUAUUUCACUCUUGUCACGCCCAAAAUUCACCUCAAGACUAUCUUGCGGUUCACAACAACGCCCGUGCCCAAGUCGGAGUCGGGCCUAUGUCGUGGGAUGCAGGCUUGGCAUCUCGAGCACAAAACUAUGCCAACUCAAGAACUGGUGAUUGCAACUUGAUUCAUUCAGGUGCAGGGGAGAACCUUGCCAAGGGCGGUGGCGAUUACACGGGGAGGCGUGCCGUGGAGUUGUGGGUGUCUGAGAAGCCUAACUAUAACCAUGCUACCAACCAAUGCGCUGGAGGCGAGUGCAGACACUAUACUCAAGUGGUCUGGCGCAACUCAGUUCGACUAGGUUGUGGUCGGGCUCGUUGCAACAAUGGGUGGUGGUUCAUUUCUUGCAACUAUGAUCCUGUAGGCAACUGGGUCGGACAACGUCCUUACUAAACUUUGUUACUUAUGGCAUGUUAUUCCCAUAUUAAGCUUGACAAGUGGAUCAGGUCGAUCUCUGUCUAAGAUGUUAAGGGAUUAAAUGCACGUCUAUAAUUAUUAUUACCUUUGAUGUUGCUUGUAUAAAUAAUUCCACGUACCAUAUGUUCAUGGUAUAGUGGACAUAAGUUGAUAAUUAAGUAUUGCACCUUCUUGUUUCCAUAAAACAUGAAUACUUAUAUAAUUUUUUCC